AUGGACAAGGCCUGGCUUGAUGAAGAUCCGAUCGCGGAGGAGAAGAGACAUUUCUGCAGGGAGCGGGUGCCUUCGAUGAGCGAGGGCUUUGGGUCCUACGAAGGCAGGGAGAUUCAGAUGGAUGAAAAGGGACUGACAGGCGGUAGGCUCCUAGAGAUUCUGCAUGCUCUGCAUGUUCUGCUCUACCUCUUGGCUGUCAGGGUCAGCACCAUCUUUGCUGUGCGCAAGGAGAAGCUGGAGCGGGAGAAGUUUCUCCAACAAUUGGGCGAAGACUCCAACUCCAGCAGGGUGCUGAACCACUUCUUGAAUGAGGCAGCUCAGCUCAAGAAGAAGGUCCUUGCCCUGGUGCGAUCCAAGCAUGAGGUGGAAAUCGACCUCGGCCCGGGCAGGAGACCUUCUGUUGUUUUCGUGGAGUUGGCAAAGGGCAUCAUGGACCUCAUCAACUCCUACUGCCACUCUGUCUACCUCUCCGUCUUGAUGAACCCUGCGAAUCAACGGGGCUGGUCCGAUCUGAUAACCCGCGACCUGUUGGACAAGUUUCAUGGCUUUCUAGCAAGCCUUCAUGUGACUGUGGGCCUGCGACAGGGCCAGACGCUGCUGCCUCUGCCUCCAAGGGAGGCCGUGCAGGAAGGACCCACUGGUCCGGGCCAAGGCAAGAUCUCACCCGCGGCUUCCAGCAAGGACAGGGUCCAUGUUCUGGAAGGCGCCGUCAUUACCUGGACAAAGCAGGUCAGGUAUGUGCUGAAGCAGGAGCCGGAGCACGUCUUCAGGGAAGGAAGUCCGCAGCCGGAUGCGGAGCUGCAAUUCUGGCGGAGCCGAGCCAACAAUCUGAACAGCAUCCACAUGCAACUCCAAAUGGAGGGAGUCAAAAGAGUGCUUCGCUUCUUGGAGGCCAACAAGAGCACCUAUGUGGCACCCUUUGCAAGGCUGCAAAAGGAAGUCGAGGACUUUUCAUUUGGCACGCCAAAGCACGGCUUUUUCUUGUGUCCAUCUUGA